AAGAUAACGGCCAUGUUUGAGUCAUAACGAAAUACUAAAACUAACAAAAUGGCGGAUUAAUCAGGAAAUGAAAGACAAAUUCUAGCACAUAAAUAGUGGAUUACAAAACUUAAUUAAGGCCCCCUGAAUACACUCAUCAACAUGAGUCGUAUGGGAAGCACAAUGGGGAGCAGGAUGGGGAGUCGGGCGACAAGUAUGGAUCGAUUGACCGUCCAGGAAAGGCAGUUCGUUGAUCAUGCUAUUGAUCAACUGCCCGCCGAUUGGUACGGGCCGACACCGCUUACCCAGCUGAACUACACAAAAGCUGGUCCCGGCCACUGGUAUAUCAAAUGGGCGUGGAUCAGUGGUGUUCUAGCGUUUAUAUUCAUGUUUACCGGUCUGCUGUAUGUGGGACUUAGAGCAUCAGGACGUGUUUCGUUCAUUGUGUACAGGCUGGAGGUCAUCGGACCUAUAAUCAUCUGCAUUGCAUGCCUUUUGGUCUGGGCAACCAUUCAUCUUAUUAUACGUGGCCGAGAAGAGAGUAACGCGUGGAGGGAACAAAUACGAUUUAGGGGAUACGGUCUAUCUGGAGUCAAAGUUAUCAACAUGAUGUACGACAACGGAGAUCUGUCUAAACUUGCAACGGGAACGGUUACCGCUACAGCUAUAAAGGAGAUCACGGCACCAGUACAACCAAAGAAGAAGAAACGAAGGAGGGCAAGAUCAAAGGCCAGUCUGGCUAAAUCCCAGCAAAGUUUGGCUAGUGGAUACAGCAUUGAUGGAGAAAUGCCACCUCCUCCCACUCGCGAGGAAUUGGGGCUACAGGGAGCAGAGUCUGGGUACCCACCUCAAGGACAAUACGGUCCCAGGGAGACACAGGGGGCUUACUUCCCCCCUGACUCAAAAACCGAUAGGUACAGGCUUCCACCUUAGUCAAGGAGAUACGACCUCCCACCAGUUGACGAACGGCCAACUGGCGGAUCAAGUGUGAUAUAACAUAUGCUCUUCUAAUACUGCCUCAACGACUUCGUUUUAGGCUACUUCAUACUUGCAUCUAUCAAUGGACAACACACAUCAAAUACAACAAAGCGUGAUACUGUAAACGUAGACCUCAACUUUGUUUCGGCUAUGAUGUAUGUACGGCAAAUGUUAAAAUCAUCUUUGCAUAUAUUCUUUUUCGGGAAAUAAGAUUCCCCUCUACCUAUGGAUAGUCCAGGAUUUUAGAGAAAUUCAAAGCGAUAUUUAGCUAACUAUUCAUUUGUUUUAUAUCCAUUUAUUCGAAUUCAUAAAAUAUUAUGUACAUGUACAUUGUAUAUAAACAAUUAACAUUUUAUACGUAUAUCAAUUUUAGUAUAUAGCUUUUGUAUAAUGUACAUAGACCGCAGGAACGAUUAGUUACUCACAUAUGAGUGAUUCUAUAAACAUGAUACUUUUUGAUCAUUAUAAUAUAUAUAAGUGGAUGAAGAUGAACAAUGUCUUUAAAUAAAAUUAUGAGGAUAAAUGAAAAUGCAAUGACACUUUCAAAUAUGCACUAUUCAAGAUUCUUGAAUAUAAUCUAAAUUGAUGGUCUAAAGUUCUUCCUUCUUUUCUAUUUCUUCAGCUUUCUUUUUUCGUUCCGCUCUUUCCUUCUUUUUCUUGUCAAUAUCUUCUUGACUAUUAGCCAGUGGAACGUCAAAUUCCUUUUCCGACCCAUCCAUAUUUACAACCCGUGCUUUCUGUAACAGACGUGAACGAAUAGAAGACAACAUUUGAAUAGAAUAUACACAUCAACAGAUGUAAUUCACAUAGGAAAAUAAAGAGUUUCUUAUAAAAUAUUUUUCUAGUUUGAUUUUGAAGACAUUUGUCUAAUAGGAUUACAUAGAAGGAUUUUAUUUUAAUACGAAUUUCCUAUGAUAUCGUCUUUGUGUUUCUUAGAAGGUAUUUGUCUAAAAGAGUGUCUUAAUUAAAAGGCCGUAAAAUAAUUAUAGUAGUUUCAUAUAAUACAAUUACAUGCUUCAUAUAUCUUUUGAGUUGCUAAGAAGGCAGUUGUCUUCAUCCUGAUGGGUACUUGUAGAGUAAAAUAUUUGUUACAUUUUCUCAAAAUUGCAGCCAUAUUACAACAAUAAUAUAUUCACAUGUAGCCUCA